CAGGUUGUUACAUUAUAACGAUCAGUGAGUGCUAGUAAUACAGAGAUUGAACAUUCUAAAUUUCAUUUAUUGUAUAAUAUUUUCUUAGGGGACCUUCAUCUAAGAUUGAGAUGUACACCCCACUACCUCUCAUCUUAGACUUGAUUUGUGGGCCAGAUCGAACUCUGACUCCUGCUUGGGACUCUUCCAUGGGCUCUCAACAUCUACUGAAUGAAGUAGAACCCUCUUUGCUAGUUUAGUCUAUUCCAUAAAUGCCUUUUGCAAGAUGGCCCCGACAUCUAUCAUUCUAUUCCUUUCCGUAAUUCUCAGUGAGUAAUAUUCGCACACUUUCUAUUUUCAUGUCUGGAUUUUAAUUCCUCCCAUGAGAUGUCUUGUUAAUAUUGACUGUCAGCUUGACAGAGUCUAGAACCACCCAGGGAAAAGGCCCCUAGGCACGUCUGUGAGGGAGCUUCUAAACCGGGUCCAUUGAGGUGGGAAGACUCACCCUACCCAUGGACAGCAUCACUCCAUGCUGGGAUCCUGGACUGAGUAAAAUAAGGAACUUGAGCUGAACCAUCUCUGCUUCCUGACUGCAGAUGUAUUGUGACCAACUGUUUCGCGCUCAUACCGACAUGGCCUUCCUUGUCAUGACUGACUGUACCCUCAAACUGGGAACCAAAAUAAAUCCUGCCUUCUGUUAAGUUGCGUUUGUCAGUUAUAAUAUUUUGUCUUGGCAUAUAAAGGCAAUAUGUGUCCUUCACACAUUUUGAUGUCUGGACAAUCGUAUUCACCCAGGACUCUGUUUGUACCUCCUGCAGGCAGAUAUCCUUCAUCAAACCCUUCACUGCCUCAAGUGUUCUCUGUCUCUCACAACAGCCCAUGAAUUUUCCACAUUUCACCACUCACUGUCUCAUAUUUAAAUCAUCAAUUUUUGUGUUCACCUCCCCCAUCAACAGUCUAAGUUGAGAGACACUGGAACAACUCACAGCUAUAUUUGUAGCCUCCUACUUAAAAUCAAUAAGAAGCACAGAGUAUUUAUAUAUUUUUAUUAUUUAAAUGAACUAACCUGUCUUUCUUCUGGUUGGAUAUGUUCCAAAGCCCUGCCACUUUGAGCCAUUUAUCACAGAAGGUGAAGGUUCCCUUGGAGCCAGCUGUAAAGUUCCCAGAGCACUAAUAACCCACGGCCAUUUCACUACAUCAGGCUGUCCUGGAUCGGCACCCCCAAACUCAACAUCUAGGGUUGGAACAGGAGAACAAUGAAAAUCUCCAGGCCCAGGUGCCUAAUCCUUUCGUUUAUCCUCUUCUGUGGGCUGGUCUCAGAAGUUACAGCAGAUGUUGAAGAAGCCUCAGAUGGUCUCCACACUACCCGGGAACCCAUAUGGCUCACAGACGUCUCAGCCACUGAGGAACUCAUCAAUGCCGCUGAAGUGGCCAUCAUCGGCUUCUUCCAGGAUUUAGAAAUACCUAUAGUGUCCGUAUUCCGCAGCAUGACACAACAGUUCCAAGACAUAUCAUUUGGAAUCAGCAACAGUUCUGAACUUCUGACCCACUACAACAUCACCAGAAACAGCAUCUGCCUCUUCCGACAGGUUGAUAAUGAAAAAUUGCAUUUGGAUGCUGAAGACAUUGAGAACUUAGAUGCCGCCAAGCUGAGCCGUUUCAUUCAGAUGAACAGCCUCCACUGGGUGACGGAAUACAGCCCUCUGAUUGCAGCUGGCUUGUUUAGCACUAUGAUUCAGACUCAUCUUCUCCUGAUGAUGAACAAGGCUUCCCCAGAGUAUGAAGAGAGUGUGCUGAGAUACCGGAAGGCAGCUAAGCUCUUCCAGGGACAGAUCCUCUUUGUUCUGGUGGACAGCGGCAGAGGGGAAAACAGAAAGGUGAUCUCCUAUUUCAAACUGAAGGAGUCUCAGCUGCCGGCUUUGGCCAUUUAUGAAACUGUGGAUGACAAGUGGGACACACUGCCCAUCACAGAAGUUACAGUGGAGAAAGUCCGAGACUUCUGCGAUGGAUUCCAAAAGGGGGUGCUGCUGAGAGAUCACAAAGCAGAAGAAGAUGCUGGGAAGGAGGAACUCUGAGGCUCCCUGGUACAUGUGUCUAUUCCGUGCUGAAUAAAAAGGAGCAGUUCGAAUCUCUGCAGCAGUAAACACGGUCAUCCCAUCCGGUGUUCUAACAAGGGGCGGGAGGAUGGCCAUGCUCCCUUUGUGUCUGAGCGUCUCCCUUUCUUGCCUCUUUUGUUUUCAAAUUCCCAUCCUCUCUCACACAGCCUAGAUUCCUACAUGAGUGAGUACUGAGGAAGAGGGGCUUCAGAAACUGGGCAUCUCUGUGAAGGAGAAGCAUUCCUAGAGAGAGGCUGUUCCUGUGCGUCACUAACAUUUUAAUUGGUACCCGGCACACGGCUCACACAGUAGUUCCUUUUCCUUUGGGGUCAUCUGAGGAUAGAAACCUCACCCUCCUUCAUAAGCACAUAUCCUUCUCUGACUUGGGGCCAAGAACAAAAACAUGUUUUGAGUUUAUUUCUCUCCAAAAGUUCGACGAUGUCUCCAAGAUUCUGAACACGUCAG